GGUUCAGUCUCGGCUCUCCGGCAGGUGGCGGUAUACGCUUCCACAAACACUUGCAGCAAAUCCUACCGAGGAAGAAUUGCCUAAUAGCUGGGAAAACAACCUAGCGAUUGGUUCAUUAGAUUUUUGUAAAUGAAUUCUCAUUUUCCUUUUUCCUGCUAAAGUCCCGAAGGUGUAACUUUUUUUUUUUUUUUUUGCUAAUACUAGCAGAAGUGUAAUCCAUUCACACCAGUGUUCAACCCGGAGCCGGUUACUGAUGUCGUCGUGGACGCGGAGAAGCCGGCGGAGGCAGUCUCAUCUCACCCGCGGUGGGGCUAAACCUUUUCGACCCUUUCGAAGUCAGCCAUAUCCAGGUCGAGAGGAAAGAAACGACUUGUGUCAUGAAACAGAAAGCUUUGAAAAUGUGGAACAGAGUAAUGAUUACUCCGACCCUACAGACUAUAAACAGUACGACCCUUCACCUCAUGAGCCAAAUGUUACCUCACUAAGGGAUGGAGACAAGCGCAGUGCCCUGUACCAGAGAUUUUAUCAACAUUUCCAUGGAGAUGGAGCCAAGCAGCCUGCUGAUUGUGUCGUUCUUGCUUUAAACAACCAAAAGUUGGAUUACGCGAAAUCAUUAGGCCACUGUUUGCAGGAGCGUGGCCUCUUGGUGGAAAUGCUUUACCUGCGUGCAGAGUCAGGCUUGACCCGGGCCCUGAAAGAUGUCCGCUCUGAUGGUUCCCCCUUAUGUAUUCUCGUCGAACAGACUAAUGUAGCGCUCUCCUCGUGCACAGUAAUCAUAUUUUCAGAGUCCCUCAAAAUUCACCGCAACAUGCCCAGAGAGCAGGCUUUGGACCUGGUGAUGGCGGAAUAUGGGUGUGUGAGCGGUGCCCGGCGACAGUGUGACCCUGUGGAGGCGGCAGCGAGGGCUUCCGAGCUCUCAGAUGACUACCUGGAGCGGGCCAAGCUAGAGCGCCAUGCUGUGCCCUCUGCCACGCGCCACCUGCUCCUCCUCAUGGCUGAGGGCCUACACCUGUACCCAGAGGAGCUGGGCUCUAUCGCUGCGUAUGUACACAACCGCCAGGACCAUCUGCAAGCAGCCUCUCCUGAAGUUGAUGGUCAAGCAGCUCCCGAGACAACAAACAGUCUGCCUGCAAGUCUGGGGAAUCCUCCACCCCUUCUCUCUACACCUUUAGGUCCCGCACCUUCUUCCAGUGAUCACCCAACAUCUUCCACUGGCAUAGCCAAGCCUGCCCAUGGGGUUCCUGUGAGCACACCAGACUCAUAUCCCAAAACCAAGCCUCCUCCUCUUCUCUCACUGAAUAUUCCUCAAGGAUCUCCUCAGGGUCCUUCACCUCAUGAUCCUCCACCAUCUCGUGGUCCAGCUGGGACUCAAGCUCCCUCUACCUCUCGUGGCCAUCCACAAACGCGUGGUCCGUCUGCCCCUGAGACCCGUUCGCUACUUUAUGGUCCUCCGCCUCUCCAUGGUCCCUCUGCUCCUAACAGCCCCCCAUCACCCCACGGUACUCCUCAUUGUUCCUCUGUUUCUCAAAAUCCACAACUAUUAAGGGGUUCCACGGCACCAAGACGACCACCAGCUUCACAUGGCACACAUGCACCAAGGACACAUGGCCCUCAUAAUGGACCCCAUGGCUUCAAUGUACGUGCACCACCACCACCUUAUGGUCCAGCAAUGCAGAACGGCCCAAGUGGGCUCAGAGCACCCCCACCCUUACUCAGGAACCUACGCAUGAGAAAUCCAGCAGGUCUUCCUUGAGAUCAGGAUUUUUUAUAAUCCAAAAUUUAAAGCAUUGUGUUUGUGAGUUGUCAAAACUUCCCUUAUGUUGGAAUAUUUAAGAAUAAGGAGAUGAUAAAUAAUUAGUUAGAUAGUACAGACACCUCCCUCUAUGAUGACUCAGGAUGUCGGAGGAUAUAAAGUUAGUGAAGCCACAUAGAAACAAAUCAACAUGUUCUUGUUGUUACUUUAAGACUGUCUUAAGACUCAUGUUGUCUUAUGUAUAUUUUUGUUUUCAAUCAUGUGGAUUUUAUGCAGUAUUGUUAGCUAAUUUGUAUUGUUCUUCUGUUUCUGGCACAAUCCUUUCAUGUUUCAUUAAAAAGUUUCACAUCC